AUGACAGACGUUGAUGCCUAUCGGGAUGCGGAAUACAUCGCUGACGUGUCCGGCAUAUCCAAUGACGAUACGGAGCUUCUGAGGCCAAUAGGCACGCUCAGAAGCCAAAAUGCGCGUGUGAAGAAUGUGAAAUCGGCUGCCAAAGUCGCCUUCAUUGAUCGAUUGCUGCGCGAUCUCGACAUAUUAAUUUAUUGUCAACUCUCCGCCCUAUAUUACAUGGACUGUUCAAUCGUCUUAUUUGCCAUACGUGCCAUCGUCGAACUGAUCUUCUUCACGCCAAAAGCACCUCCCUUUGAGCCCACACGCAGUCAGCCGUUUGUCAGCGCUAUCAUCGGCAGCAACCUCAUCUGCAUGCUCUUCCAUGCCUUCCUGAUUUGUCCCGAAGCUGGCGAGGAGACACGCGGCUAUCUACAUGGGGGACUGUUCAUCGAUUUCAUUGGGCAGACUCCUGUCUCUGUUUACCGUCUCCUCUCCUUCGAUUUUUUGAUCUUUCUAAUCGAUAUUAUCAUGCUGGGCUUAAUAAUCGAGCGGGUUAAGACUAAUGGAACCCCUGCUCCAGCGCCUGCAACGUCGACACCAGAUACGCACACAGAUACAAGCCCAAACACGGAGGACUCCCAGCCACAAGACCACGAUGCCGAAGAGCGUGGCAUUCUGCGACAAGAGGAUGGCGAUGAAACAACGUCCGCUGUUCAUAACAGUCCCGAUUCACACUACAGUAGUGGCAUCGACGAAGAGGUUGAAGAGGAGCGCACGACGCUCUUGGCCGACCCGGCAGACGCUGAAUCCGGCAGUGGUGCUCGGGGUGAGCAUCCGAUGGAUACUUUCGCAGCUGGCGAGGCCGUCAUUGUCAAUAUGAGCUUCCUAGGCACACUUAGUGAUCAAUGGUGCCACUCAAAUUCAGUGGUACGGUCAACGCCAGGCUUUGUGCCGUCUCCCGAAACGGCAACGUUUCUCCGGCAGCGUUUCGGUCUCCAGGUUGGGACCAAUGGUCGCAUAGAGCGUGCGAAUACAACAUGA